GCUUCACUAAUUUCUCCGACUAUACUUCAUUCCGCCUCGACUUGUACCUCGAGGAAAUCACGAUUCGCCAAAUAUACUUCCCUUUGGGUACGCUGCGUCAACACUCCUAUGCCCUCCGUCAUGGAACUCUACAUCCGCCCUUUGUCCAUCGAAGAUCUAGAUCAAUGCGCAACUGUGGAGUCUGCGGCCUUUCCGCCUGCCGAAGCUGCGACUCGUGAAAAAAUCGAGUAUCGCUUAUCUGUUUGUCCUCAUAUUUGCUACGGGUUAUUUGCCCGGCAUGGGACAAGUACCGCAGAAGGGUGCAGACAACAAGGAGACAUCCCAAUCUUGACCAAAGCGCCUGACGGUUGGGGGAAUGACCGGCUCAUUGCACACACCAUUGCCACGCAGUCGGUCUCUCGGGCGGUCAAAGAUGAAGACAUGGCUUGCCCAGUGAAGUGGAAGACGGAGUCCACGGCUAUUCACUGCGUCGGGCAUAGACCUGAGGGCAGGUCCAUUGCGCUGCAUUCGCUUGCCGUUUCGCCGUCUUGGCAAAGGCUAGGCUAUGGCAAGAAACUCAUCUCGAUCUACAUUAAAGAGAUGAUGAAGAUUGGGCAGGCGGACAGGAUUUCAAUUCUUACUUAUGAUAGACUUGUACCCUACUAUCAGAAGUUGGGGUUCGCACACUUUGGCAAGAGUCAGUCUGAGUACGCAGGUGUCGUUUGGCACGAUUUGGCUUUCGAGUUCCGUCGUAUAUAAGAGUAUACUAGCCUAACAACCACGUCACAGUACACUAUGUCUAUUAUUUCCUCUCCCGUAUACGGAUAAUAUAAUGUCGUAAUGGUAUAGGUGGAUCCACUUUGUCAUCACAAAUAAGAUUUGUUGAAUAGACUCUCGUACGGUUCUCAAACAAAU